UAGUGUCGGGUUGCGUCCCAUCGGCGCUGCAUCACGUGUCGUGUCGCCGCGUAUUUUAAUAUUAAAAACGGACUGUUUUUGUUAUUAUAAUUUUAUUUAUCAUCUAAUAGUAACUAGUUAUACGUCGUGGCCGGUGUUCGCUCGCUCUCUGACAUGAAAAUGGACACGCGAACGGGAUGGAAAUCAUGAUUUCAGUGUGUUUAUGCAAUUGCACAGUAUUUACAGUGAUACCUUGUGAUAGUGAUCAGCUUUGUGAUAACCACCCAGUAAGGACAUUACAGAUACAUGCAAUAUGAACUGGUCGCCAAGGUUGGAAGUGUCGUCGUGAUUUUGAUUGCAAAAUGCUAAGACUGAGCUCGAAUAAACGCAUUUAGUGACGAGCGAGAGCGAUUCCCAAACGAUUGACUGUUGAAAUGCGGAUAGGGGUGUGGACUUCCAGUGCGUGUGUAUAAAAGCGAUGCAUGGUGUGUGAAGGAGAAGCAGCGGUCAUGGAUAUGAGCGGAGAGGGCGGCGGAGCGGGCGCGGGCGCGAGCGCGCUGCAGCAGCGGUGGUAUGAGGGCCGCGUCAACGGCAGCCCGGCCGCCGGCGACGUCACUUCGGAGGCGAAUGGAGACGGCUUCUUCCAUUCUCCCCUGGAGGGCGGACACCACAGCCGCGCCCGCUACUACCACCAACAAAUGCACGCCCCCUAUUCAUCUGCUGUCAGUUCGCACGGUCGGACGUUAAGCGGCAGCAGCGGGCAGGUGUGUCGGCCGCAUUUCCACACGCCUCUGCACCCUUGGCUGGAGACGAAGGCCCUAAGUGGAGGCGCGUGGGGCGGCGGCUUCCAGCAAGAUGGCGCGCCGGCCGACAAGCCCCUCUCACCUGCGCAGCACCAUCAUCCUCACCCCCUCUUCUCGUUCCCUCCUACGCCGCCGAAGGAUUCCACGCCGGACUCUGUCGCGGCAGCGGCGCUGGGCCAACAGGACUACCAGGCGGCCGUGGCGCACGCCACAGCUAUGAGCGUCGCCUUCAUGCAGCAACAGCAGGAGCUGCCGCUCUGCGGGGACGUCAAGCCCAUGAUGGGGGCGCCGUCGUCGAAGCAGCGCGAAGGUGCGCAGCCGGACUCGUGUCCCCAGGAGUCGAGCCAGCCCUCCGGCGAAUACAACGCGCAGUACAACGCCGCCGGCGGCGACUACUACAACUACCAGGGGAAGGGGUUUAGUGGGCAGCAGCAGAAUAAGCCGCGGCCCAACAAGACGCGGACGAGCGCCGAGGGUCGGGAGUGCGUGAACUGCGGGGCGACGAGCACUCCCCUGUGGCGGCGCGACGGAACGGGCCAUUACCUCUGCAACGCGUGCGGGUUAUACUACAAGAUGAACGGACAGAACCGGCCGCUGAUCAAGCCCAAGCGAAGAUUGGUGAGUUCGCUGCAGAGCGCAGCACGGCGGGCGGGCACCUCUUGUGCGAACUGCAAGACGACAACCACCACGCUAUGGCGGCGCAACCAGAACGGGGAACCAGUGUGCAAUGCCUGCGGACUGUAUUAUAAGCUACAUAAUGUAAACCGGCCACUAACGAUGAAGAAGGAAGGUAUCCAGACUAGGAACCGCAAGCUGAGCAGCAAGAGUAAGAAGAAGAAGGGGGGUAUGGGAAUGGGAGGAGGGGGCGCAUGCGCGUUGGCGCUCGGUGGCGUCAUGGGCGACAUGAUAAAGCCGCUCGGAGACGCCGCUAAGGGCUUCGGUGGCUCCGCCUUCCCCUCAGCCAUGGAUUUUGGUCAGCACCAAGUAGGCCUGGUCCACCCCGCCGCAGCGCACAUGUCCCAUUGGUACGGCGCGCCGCACCAGGGCUUCGCCCCCCCGCCGGCGUCACACAACCCCUAUCAUCACCACCACCUCGCGCAACUAAAUUCUAUGACGGGCUGGAGGAGUGAAUACACGUGAUAAGUCAACCAAACUCGAUCGCAACCCACUUGGAUUUAUGUAGAUGUGUAUUAAAACAUACGAGUAACCGUCCUGUUGGGCGCACCGAAUUGACCUACGUGUGUCGGCACCAGUCUCCGACACUAUACGCUGUGAUUCAACUAUUACUAACUCCAAGACUCAAGUCUACGAUACAUCACACAUUAUAAGACUGUUUAACAGAAUUGACGUUUAUACAAACUAUUCGAAUUCGUACAUAUCCGAUUCGAAACAUUUAUCCCAGUCUGACCCAUUGAAGACUUUUUAUCCCGUGAUCGGUCCCCUAACAAGUAUUAAACUAAGUGUGUUUUACAUGAAGUAACUAGCGAAAUUGUACAGUAUUAUAAUAUAAGGUCGAAAUCGGCUUAUACGAUAAAUAAGUAUAGUUCAAAAGUAAAAAUAAUUUGUGUAUUUUGUACAUAUCUUAUUAAGUUAUAUUCCGUUCCUGUACAUUGUUUUGUAUUUCUUUUUAAUUAUUUAAUUCGAACGGUUCGUUUCGCUAUAGGAAUUGUAAUGUGUUCAGAGAAAAUAUUCCCAGAGAUAUUUUUCUUUUUGUACAUUUUAUUUUUGUAGUUUGUAUUGAAUGAAAAUGCAAUAGUAAUUUAUGUAUAGUUAUAAUCAUGCGAAUUGUAAAUAAAUAGCUGUUUUAAUAGUGACGUCACGCGAACUGAAUAUGUGGAUAUCGACAUUGUCACAAGGGAUGGUCAAAGCAGGUCACUGAAUUGGUAAUAUCAUCAGUAUUAUAAUUGUAAUAUUUGGUUUAACACAAAAAAUGAAUUUGUAUCGCUAUACCAUUUUAAAAUUAAGAUAAAUGAGUGGCCAUAAAUUGUUCAAACAUAUUUAUGAAUAGAGCGACUAUGACAAAAAUAUUAAGUUUUUAUGAUUAUCAAUAGCUACAUUCAUAAACAUGGUUGGAACUCCAAAACGUCUACAUAUGAAAUGUAAAUGAACCUUGUAGAGAUAAAAGAAAUCAUUAUAAGACUAUCGAAAUAAAGUAUAAAUUAGUGAUCACUACAGAACAGCCUAUAACGAUAUCCCGUACCUAAAAUUUUUAGUUUUUAAAACAAAAAUUGUGAAGUUGUGUAUUUUAAAUGAAAUUGUGAAUAAAUUAUCAAUAUUGAUAUUA